GCCUUAAAUACCCAGACUCCUGGCCUCCGGGCCCUGCAAAGCCCCUCAUUUUGGCAGAAAUUACAAUGUCGACCAGCCGCAAAUUAAAGAGCCAUGGCAUGAGGAGGGUCAAGAACCGAGCUCCUCACAAGGGAGUGAAGAGAGGUGGCAGCAAAAGAAAAUACCGGAAGGGCAGCCUAAAGAGUAGGAAACGGGGCGAUGAUGCCAAUCGCAAUUACCGCUCCCACUUUUGAUGCCACCUGGGGGCUCUGUCCUGGUGAACUUCAUACAGCACCAGGGAGCAAUGAGAGGAUGACAGGCAGAGAAGAGCCUAUCGUGUGGGUAAAAUGCCAAUUGUGACAAAAUGAGGAAUGUAUAUGUUGGCUGUUUCUCCUCAACAUCUCAAUAAAAUUUUGAAAACUGAAAA